AUGGCCUCUUUCAACUGCUUCAUUCUUGCCUUCUUUUUUGCCUUAUCAUUUUCAAGCAUGGAUGUUGGUUUCGCAGCUCGUUAUCUCCUGCAAGCUCCUCCGUUGCCUUCGGUGCCGAACUUGCCAAAGCCUGCACUGCCACCAAUGCCAGCCGUUCCAACUCUCCCACAGCCUACUCUGCCUCCACUUCCUAGCUUGCCCACCAUCCCUACUGUCCCAAAAGUCACUUUCCCUCCCUUGCCAAGCAUUCCCUCUAUUCCCACUAUUCCAACUACAAUUCCCUCCAUCCCAUUCCUUUCUCCACCACCUGGAAACUGA